UCCCCGUCCUCCAGCUCCACGCUGACACUGCACCCGUGCCCCUAACCCCACACCACCGCCACCAUGAAGAGGCAGAACGUGCGGACCCUCGCCCUCAUCAUCAGCACCUUCACCUACCUGAUCGUCGGGGCUGCGAUUUUCGACGUGCUCGAAUCCCAGGAGGAGACGUCCCAGAAGAAGGACCUGGACCUGAGGAAAAUGGAACUGCUCCACACUUUCAACUUGUCCGUGCAUGACUUUGACAAGCUGGAGAGGGUGGUGCUGCAGCUGAAGCCGCACAAAGCCGGGGUGCAGUGGAAAUUCGCUGGCUCCUUUUAUUUCGCCAUCACUGUGAUCACGACUAUAGGAUACGGCCAUGCAGCCCCCAGCACAGAUGGAGGAAAGGCCUUCUGCAUGCUUUACGCCCUCCUGGGCAUUCCUCUCACUUUGGUCAUGUUUCAAAGUGUGGGCGAGCGAAUCAACACCUUUGUCAGGAUCUUGCUCCACCGACUGAAGAAGUGCCUUGGAAUGAGGCGCACUGAGGUCUCCAUGGUCAACAUGGUGACCAUUGGUUUUAUAUCCUGCAUGAGCACAUUAUGUGUGGGGGCAUUGGCCUUUUCCGAAUUUGAGGGUUGGAGCUUCUUUCAUGCGUACUACUACUGCUUUAUCACGCUCACCACCAUUGGCUUUGGGGACUAUGUUGCACUGCAGAGUGAUCAUGCCCUGCAAACCAAGCCAGAGUAUGUUGCCUUCAGCUUCAUCUACAUCCUGACAGGUCUGGCUGUGAUCGGAGCCUUCCUCAACUUGGCUGUGCUGCGAUUCAUGACUAUGAACGCUGAAGACGAGAAGAGGGAUGCAGAGCAGAGGGCUCUUCUUGCCCAUAAUGGUCAGGCAGGUGGACACAUCAACUGCUCUGUAGACCCCGUCUCCCCUGCUUCUUCACCGUCUGGGUGUGGCGGAGGGAGUGCAGUUGGAGGAAGCAGUGGUGGAGCUGCAAGUCGUGGCCUGCGCAAUGUUUAUGCUGAGGUGCUCCACUUCCAGUCCAUGUGCUCCUGUCUUUGGUACAAGAGCAGAGAGAAGCUGCAGUACUCCAUACCCAUGAUCAUCCCACGUGACCUCUCCACCUCUGACACCUACAUGGAGCAGGGAGAGGCUUUUUCCAACCCCCUUCACUCUAACGGCUGCGUGUGCAGUCUGCAGCGCCACUCCGGUAUUAGCUCAGUAUCAACUGGCUUGCACAGUAUCAACACCUAUAGAAGACUCAAACGCAGAAGCUCCAUCUAAAAACUAGGAGGACUUUGUGUUUUAAGAUCCUCUGUGUGUACCAUGAAGUGAGGGAUGGCCCUCCGGUGGUGUGAGACUCACAGUGGACAUCAAGGGAACAGAACUCCAGUCCUAAAGAGAUUCAACACUGACCAUUUAGCGCUAACAUUGUUACUCAUGCUACUGAGAAAUAAUGCUAAUGGUUGUUUAAGGAGAAUUCACUGAACAUUGGUGUCAGGAGAUGCAGCAUGUGCAUCGCUCUGCACCUCUGACUUCUGAGUAUCUGAAUAUUGGACUUAAUAUUUUAUGUGUUCAUGAGAUUAACUUUCAUGUUUAAAUAAGAAAAGAGGGGAAAAGCACUGUGAGGUUUUUUUUUUUAAAUUAUUAUUAUUAUUAUUAUUAUUAUUUUAGAUGGAUUUGGGGUAUUUUAACUGUAUAUAGUGCACUGUUAAGAAAUAUUUUACUGAAUGAACUUAAAUCCACUUUUUUCCCAAAAGACUUUCCAAAACUAAACUUUUGGUUGUUAGUAGCAUACUCAUGUCAGUGAAAUUAAAAUGUGUAUAUAUUUGGACACUUCACGUAUAGGUGUUAUUGAUUGAAAAUCUAUUUUUUUCAGUGAAAGAUUAAACACAUCGAAGAUAACUCAAUGUCUUUUCCUGUGUCUGUAUCUACAGUGCAAAUUGAAGCCAAACGUUCUGAUGUCUUUUUUUUUCUUUGUUUAUUUUUCCCCAUUUAAUUAGGGGGAAACAAGCAUUAAUUAGGAAUAAAUAAGAAGGUUUGGUUUUACUGUCUUGCUGGAGAAUUUUUUGACACUGUUAUGGGUAUCAAACCUGUCAAAGUUAACUACUAGGCUUCCCUGCAACCCUUUUCCGACCUCACAACAAUGAAUUUAUUUUUCAUAAAUUCUUCCUGUGCAUUAAUCUAUUUUAUGUACUUAUUGCUCAUCAUAUGUUUUGACAUAGCUUGGCUUAAUCUGAGAGUUUAAAUCAGAGCAUGUAAGCACACUUGUAGACAAGCAUAUCUUAUUCACUGCUGCACCUUAGAGGACUGUUGUAUGUGCUUUCAGACACUGAGAUUCAGUGCACAAGUAUUUUUUCUUUUGU